GCCAGCCAGCCCGCCCUCCUUCCCUUCCCCGGGUCCCCGCCACCAACUAUGAAAUAACAACAACAAUAAUACUCCAUCAGCAGCAGCAGCAUAAUAAUCAUAAUCAUAAUAAAAAAAAAAAGGAACGCGAGCGAGGCCGCGAGGCGGAGCAGGGGGGCAAGAGGGAGAGACAAUGGGCUGGUGGAGAGAGGACCCAUCCGGACCAGGGAGACUUUGCGCUCCCAGCGCCUGAGCCGCUGGGGCGGCGAACUCGGAGGGAGAGCGAGGGAGCGAGGACGGCCCGGUGGCCGAGAGGAGCAACCCCGGGUGUUUUGUAACUAAAAUGAGCGGAGCGCAGCGGCGGCGGCGGCGGCAAUAAGCUUAUUGCAAUUGACAGCGUCUGCAGUUCAUUUCAAGAUGGCCGCUUGGCUCACAUUCAUUUUCUGCUGAACGACUUUUAACUUUCAUUGUCUUUUUUGGCCGCUCCGAUCGUCACCCACCGGCUCCGUUUUCCGGAGCCCCCUCUCGCCACGCCAAAAUGCAUCGCACCACCAGAAUCAAAAUAACCGAGCUAAAUCCCCAUCUCAUGUGCGUGCUCUGCGGCGGCUACUUCAUUGAUGCUACAACCAUCAUUGAGUGCCUCCACUCCUUCUGUAAGACCUGUAUCGUGCGUUACUUGGAGACCAGCAAGUAUUGUCCCAUCUGUGAUGUCCAAGUUCACAAAACUCGACCACUUUUGAAUAUAAGGUCAGAUAAAACCCUCCAGGAUAUCGUAUAUAAGCUAGUACCAGGCCUUUUCAAAAAUGAAAUGAAAAGAAGAAGGGAUUUUUAUGCUGCUCAUCCGUCAGCUGAUGCUGCCAAUGGCUCUAAUGAAGACAGGGGAGAAGUGGCUGAUGAAGACAAAAGAAUUAUAACAGACGACGAGAUAAUAAGCUUAUCCAUUGAGUUCUUUGACCAGAAUAGACUGGAACGAAAAGGAAAUAAGGAGAAAGAAAAAUCAAAGGAAGAGGUGAAUGACAAAAGAUAUUUGCGCUGCCCAGCAGCAAUGACAGUGAUGCAUCUAAGAAAGUUCCUGAGGAGUAAAAUGGAUAUACCAAACACUUUCCAGAUUGAUGUGAUGUAUGAAGAGGAGCCUCUGAAGGACUACUACACCCUAAUGGAUAUUGCCUACAUCUAUACCUGGAGGCGGAAUGGGCCUCUCCCGCUGAAGUACCGUGUCCGACCUACUUGCAAGAGGAUGAAGAUCAGUCACCAGAGGGAAGGCUUGAAUAACAGCGGGGAGCUGGAAAGUGACUCUGGGAGCGACAAGGCGAGCAGCCCAGCAGGAGGCAUCCCCUCCACCUCCUCCUGUUUGCCCAGCCCCAGCACGCCGGUCCAGUCGCCUCAUCCCCAGUUCCCCCACAUCUCCAGCACCAUGAACGGCACCAGCAGCAGCCCCAGCAGUAACCACCAGUCCUCCUUUACCAACAGAGCACGGAAAACAUCGAUAAAUGGCUCCUCGGCCACUUCGUCUGGUUGAUGGGCCAACCAGGCUGCCGCCCCCACCUCCUGCCCCUCCUUUAUAUAGAUCUCUCCAUGCCAUUACAGCUUUAUAGAUGCUAAUCCAUGUGACUAUCGUCCAAAUUGCUUUCUUUUGUAGUGACACUGAACUUGGCUAUAAAAGGUGGACUAGGUGACAUUCAGGAUGGACUUUAAUGGAAACGCAAGAUUGAAAUGUAAAUUGUUUUCAGAGGACUGGGAAGCAAACACAAAGUUACACCUUCACCUGUUCAGAGUGAUGCGGUGUUGUUUCCAUCCUCAUCAUCUGGACUUUU